UAUUUACCUGGAUUCAUCGUGGUGGGAACUGUACUCUCUCUGCUCGAGCAACCAGGGAUUAAUAGUCAUUCUAUUCUAUUCUAUUCUGCUGCAGGUGACACUUCAUCAUCAGUAAGAACAGCCCCAGAUGUUGCAUUUCUUUGGUUCCUGUGCAGAUAGUUUGCGUUGAGCUGCCGGAGCUCCUUCGGAUUUCUGAGGCGUCGCAGUGUUUGGAGCAGGAGUCAACUCGUGGUCGGUGGAGCGCGUCGGAGCUGCGGUACCUGCGCUCUCUCCUCCCUCUCUCUCUCCCCCCUCUCCGUCCCUCCCUCUCUCUCCGUCCCUCCCUCCUUCAGCUCCAGUCGGUGAGGAGUCAUUUCUUGCCGUUUCUCUCCUCAUCCUCUCCCGGUGUUUAAACUUUCCCGGCGGAUCUUUGAGCACCAAAACCAGCAGUUUGGUUUUUGUGAACUCACAUGAGGAUUUUUUUUCUUCUUCUUUGCAUCUGGUGUCGGUGCAGGACGGUGUGCACCGGACUCCAAUGGACAGCGGGACGUGUCCGGUGCGUCCGGGUGCUUGAAGAAUCCCACCCAGCUCGGAGACGGACUGAACCCGGCUGUGGUCUGUACGUGCCUCCGCUCAGAAGAUAAAACAGAGACGGAGAGGAACGUGGACGUACUGCAGAUAAAGAGGAUGUAGCUAUAAGAACAGAAAAGACGGGCCAAGCCGAAGGACGCACGGGAAGGACCUGGAUGUCUCCGAGGGAGAUAAGAGGAGAUGAUAGAAGCUUCCAGACCUGCUGAGACGAACCAGAGGAGCACCAGUCCAUCCAGAGACUAAAAAGCACACUAUGUUGGAUGCUUCAAGGUCAAAGGAAGUGUUUCCGAAGCUCACUUGAAUGCAGCACGACACUAAAGCAGCUCAUCGACGGGAGAUUGUUCCACGUGAAGAUCAAAGCGACGGCGACCUGAUUUCCACCCACCUGCAGAUGGAUGAUGCUGAUCCGUCGCUCCGGAGGUGUGGAGUGACAGCUGACGGAGGGACUGAUUCGACCGGAGAGAGGAGAGAGUCACCGCCGGCAGCAACGGGAAACAGCCGAGAAGGUCAAGCACAUCGAUCGUAGAGGCCGGGAGUUCCACCGGAUCAGCAGCCACUUGGAUAAACAUCUUGGAUGCAGCAGCGACAUUUACAGCCGGAUGCAGGUUUUGAAAGUGACUGAAUAACCCUUGGCGAGCUAGCUAUCAGUGGAUAGCCAUGGAUGUGACUAAUCCAACCUCCAGCUCUCAAUCAGAAACUCCAAAAGUCUCACCUCCAUCAGGGGGUAGAUGUGGCUGAACUCCAAGUAGCAAGACGGGACAUUUUAGCUGAGAUAAAACUCUUCCCAAUGACUUGUUGGCAUAAGAUGGGAGAUUUAAACCUCAGAGAGCAAUCUGAGGCUGUUUGCAGCUAGCAAGACUUUAUUAUAACCCAAUAGAAACUCAAGAACACUAACUCCCUAUCCCCUUUUCCCGUCAUUCCCCAUCCCCCUAAUUUUUCCUUCCCCAUUUUCCCAGAUCCCAUUUCAUCAACCCUUAUUAUUAUUAUUAUUGUUAUUAUUAUUAUUAUUAUUAUUAUUAUUAUAACAUCUCCUUCAAUGCUGAGUGCAUCUCUUUCGCCUAGUCCUUCUUCCAUCUGCUGGUGAAGAGGGUGAAUUAUACUAAACCUCGAGUAAAGUAACCACCUCUCUCUGGAAUGGGCGGCCCAGCACGGGCUCUUCUCGGAGGGUUCGGCACCACCACCUCCUCCCUGGAGGUCGAGGCUUGGCCAAGCAACAGCCCACUGGACCUGAACCAGACCCUGCCAUGGGGCAUCGGACUGGGAGGCAGCAGUGGAGGCGGAGGUGCAGCAGCCAUGAGCUUCAGUCUGGACAACUCCACCGUGCAGGAGUCGGUGAGCAGGGCGGCGAUCAAAGAGAAGAACUGGCCGGCGCUGCUCAUACUGGUCAUCAUCGCGCUGACGGUCGGUGGAAACAUCCUGGUGAUCCUGGCGGUGUCACUGGAGAAGAAGCUCCAAAAUGCCACCAACUUCUUCCUGAGGUCGCUGGCUGUGGCCGACAUGCUGGUCGGCAUCCUGGUUAUGCCAAUCUCCCUGAUCAACAUCCUCUACGACUACGCCUGGCCUCUCCCCAGCGCUCUGUGUCCGAUCUGGAUCUACCUGGACGUUCUGUUCUCCACCGCCUCCAUCAUGCACCUGUGCGCCAUCUCCCUGGACCGAUACGUCGCCAUCCGCAACCCCAUCGAGCACAGCCGCUUCAACUCCAGAACCAAAGCCAUGAUGAAGAUCGCCGCCGUCUGGACCAUAUCUAUAGGCGUCUCGAUGCCAAUUCCAGUGAUUGGCCUCCACAACGAGGACAAGGUCUUUGUCAACGGCAGCUGCGUCCUCAACGAGGAGCGCUUUAUGCUGAUUGGCUCCUUCGUGGCCUUCUUCAUUCCGCUGGUCAUCAUGGUGGUGACGUACUGCCUCACCAUACAGGUGCUCCAGAGGCAGGCCACAGUCUUCCUGCAUGAGGCAAAGACUUCUUCCCAGCAGCCUUUGCACACACCAGCAAUGUCAAACACACUGCAGCCUCCACCCAGCACCUUCCAGAUUCCUCGGAUCAAUACGCUCGCUCCGUCAGACUCGCAAGAGAUAAAGCCGCCGCCCCCUCAGAGCCGGAGAAACACCCUGAGCUGCCUGAAAGGAGCUGAGCCCAGCAUGCUGCUCAGCGCCUCCACCUCCGACAGCAUCAGCAUCAUCCCCAGCUCCGAGGUGGCGUCGCAGCUCAGCUCGCCGGCCGCCGGUCCAGGCCGGAGCGACACGUCGGGUUGCCAUGGCCGACGGGGGAUGAUGCAGGCCAUAAAAAACGAGAGGCGGGCCUCUAAGGUCCUGGGAAUCGUCUUCUUCCUCUUCCUCAUCAUGUGGUGUCCCUUCUUCAUCACCAACGUCACCUCCGUCUUGUGCCGGGACUCCUGCAACGAGUCGCUGCUCCACGACCUCCUCAACGUCUUCGUCUGGGUGGGCUACAUCUCCUCGGGGGUCAACCCUCUGGUCUACACCCUCUUCAACAAGACCUACAGGAGGGCCUUCUCCAGCUACAUCAGGUGCCGCUACAAGGUCGGGGCCAACGCUGCCGGACAGAGCUGCAAAACCCUCCUGGUGCCGCCGCCGUGCCCGUCGCACGCCGUCACGCCCCUCCUGAUGGGCGGUCACGGGAAAGCCGGCGUGGACCGCAACAGUAACUGUCGCAACGGCGGCCGGGGGGACAACGGGAGGCUGGCGGUGGACCCAGAGGACACGACAGACGACGGGACGCAGAUAGGAAUAGCAUCGCAGAGCCUCACUGAGUGCCACAACGCUGGGAUGCUCUCGGAAACGGAGCCGGAAACGGAGCUGGAGCAGGAGCUGUCACUCAUCAGCUACAGUCCCGCCUCCAGAGAACACACCAGCAGCGUGUGACUGUCGGCCUCCCGUCGUUUCACGUCUUCUUUCUAACCUGCAGGCGCUGGACCGAGCAGCAUCGGGCUGCUCGGAGCCUGCAGCCUCUUCGCUGGUUUAAACCUAGCGUGGAGACUCUUAUUGUGAAAGGAUCUGAAUUUCCUCCACACAGAAGUGCACGAUUUACACCAGUGUGGAAAGAAAACUAGAAGAGCCAACCUCGAGGGUGUACAGUGGGAUUUUCCACUGCUGUUUUGGAAUGAAAACCAAUAUUUCCACUGUGUUUGUUUUCUAUUUGUUGCCAGAAAAUUGGUUUUCAUGCCAGAAAUGGAAAAUGGAGGCAUCCUUCAGGCCUUCAACGAUGCGUAAACGUGCUCAAAAUGAGGUUUACUUCAUGAGGAGUGAAGUAUCCGACGACUUGAGGAGCUACUCUGACCUGGUAUGAAGUCAAGCGGCCCGUCAUGGAGUCCCACUGAUGCAGGUUACAGAGUCGAGGACGAGGUCAUCGGGGUCAAACUACGACUUCAAGCCUUCACACAGAGUCACGAUGCAGUCUGAGCUCCGGUCCACACCGAGCAAACUAAACCAAAUAUAUUUUUGUGGUGACAGCCGUCACGGAAUCUGUCCGAAUGAACCUUCUCCAGCAUGUAAUCAAACUGCUCAGCCCACACUAAUGGGACGUUUCUCUGAAGGAAGCUUUCUGCAGGCUGCAGAUGAAGGAAUGUACUCUGACAGCUGGUCUCCAGUGGACUCACAGCGCCAUCUGGUGGCCACACGGCCCACCGAGGUGGUCUCCUGGGCCUGGAGGAUGGAAGGCGCUGUCAGGUUCUGGCUCCUGCUCACCAACACGAUCACUUUGGAAAGAAAGAAAUUCACAACAUCCAGAAAUUUUUACAGGAAAACAACCAAUAAAGUUUCAAAUACAAAGAAACAAUCGAAAAGUUAAAAAUAACAAAGUUUUUGACAGAGUGCACAACUGUUCAGCAGUCUUUAACAGGAACAAAAUACGAGGAGUUUUAUUUUUAACCUCACAGUUUCAUUAUUUAGCGUCAUUAUCAGUGAUUCAGCCUCAGUUUUAAACCUGCAGUCUGGAGCCUCUGCCUCAGAAUGUUUAAUUCCAUAAACACAGUUGAUGUUUGCUCAGUUUUUGCUCUGAGUUGCUGUUUUCAUCGCAAGUACUGGUAUUCAGAAACAUCUGUAGCCACCGCUGCAGCCGUUCCCUUUUUUUUUAGCAAACAAAUUCAGAUUUUAUUCUGUCAAUUAUAAUGUUAAACAUUCACAAAACUAAAUGAACACACAACAGCAGUACGAGGUUAGAGCCUAGAAGAAAUGAGGAUACAAAAUAAGAACCACAACCUGCACUUCAAUUCAUUUUCUUUAUGAUGCAGUCGAGCGGAAAAAAGGCAGAAUCCAGUAACAUUAGGACUUUUAGCUCAUGAAUUACUGUGAUUUAGAGUAAAGCUCCUCUGAAGAAUGUUGUCUUGCACAUUUAAAACGACUUAAUAAACAUAUCAUAUUAUCAAAGGACAUAUCAGAUUUUUCAGAGCAUAAAUCUUGGCUGUUUGAUAUUCAAGGCCUCUCUGAAGGACAGAUUCUUGAAAGAAGCAGAACUCCUGUGUCAUUUACUUUUAAAAAAAUAUAUAAUUUUUAAUCAAAGGUCAGCCAUUAGAUCAGCGCCAAAAAAAAACCUCCGUUGCAGGAUUUUCUGUCAGGCUGCAGGCCAGAACGUGUUCAGACGCUACAGUGGAAGCCAAAGAAGAAAAGAAGGGAGUUUUUUUGCAUAUUAAUCAGUGAGUUUUGGUUAUAAAUAAUCUGAUUAUUGGAUCGUUGCAGUUGCAUGUCUGCUAUAGUGGUGGAUCUUAGGAUGCAGAUCACUCAGAGUGGGACUCAAAAACUAAAGACCUUCAGAUUUAAACUCAUAAGACGGAGAGAAAGUCAAUACUUUAAGACAAUUUAUCGACAUCUCAUGCCUCUACCUAUCUAUAACACCCUGCUGCACCAAUGAUUUACUACUGUGCCGGUUUGUCAGAUUUAAACCUCUUCAAAGGCAGUCCAACGGGGAUAAUUGGUCGUCUGGUAAAGAAAAACUUCAGAAAAAUAGUUUUGAAGGGAACUGUAGCGGUUUUUACAUCUUCUGCGGCUUAGUAGAAACAGCACUGCUUUAAAACUAGACAAACAGGGCUCAAAUGAUGUCAUUUAGAGGGCGUUAAGAUGAGAUCUAAUGAAAGAUUUUACAGGAAAGUGUAGAUUCUUGGUCACCCAGGUCAUAGUCAUCCUACAGCCAUGGCCAUAAGUUUGGACACAAGUACCAUGACGCUUGUGAAUCUUAGAAAAUACCACAAAAUUGUCACUUACAAUACAGUACACAACUCCUGAGAACUAUAUUAAGUUUCAUAUUUUAAAAAAAACAUCAAAAGAGUUUGGUGUCAUUUUGUUAUUCUUACCAAAUUCGGUUGUGAAAGUACUGCAUUUUUUUGUUAUUUUCUUCUAAUAUUAUGUUUUGGGAACAAAGUUGUUCCAAUUGUUGGAAUUUAUUGAUAAUAUUAUAUCCCUUGUUGAUUUGUUGACUAAUUAAACUGGUGCUGUCAAAAAAUAUUAGUUAUGUUCUGUAAUAGACAUCAAAACAGACAUCGUAAGUCAUGCUGUGUCCAAACUUAUGGCCAUGGCUGUAACAGCUUCAGGAGAAGGAAACCGGUCUUUUCUCUUUGGUUCUUGCAUGUUUUACAUCCCACAAGUAUAUCAUCUUCACCAACUUCUGUAUAUCACAACACAGGAGAAUCAGCUCCUCAGGUCAAGACUCAGCAGUCUUCCUGCAUCUCAAGGAUAAAGGAAACUCUGCUAUGUUUUGCUGGAACAACCAUCUCUAAACUAUCUAAUUAUCAGGUACUUAGAAGGCAGUCUUGAGAUCCUUCCACAGAAAAUUUCACCAGUGUGUUGAUGUAUGUGACUUUUGGGUAAAAAAAAAAAACAAUAAAAAAAUGUAAAAGAGCCAAAAACAAGAGUCCAGUUUCCUUCUCCUGAAGGGUUAGGGUAAAGACACAUCGAUCCAAUGUUCACUAAAGGAAAGGACGUGAUGUCUCUCCAAAGGACCUUAUCGACAGCAUUAACCUCGAUGGAAAAGUGUCUUUUAUUUCCUAUUUAACCACAGUCUAGAAGCCUGGUUAUCUCCGCCUCUGCAGCAUCCAUUUUGACCUGCAGUUGUUCAGUCUGCCUCUUUUUAGCCUCUCAAACUUUGCAAAUGCUAAACUAAAUUUCUCGAGUGCUUAGAAUGCAAAAAAACUAAGCUUUAAUGUGGAGUAAGUUGCAUUUUUUUUUGGCAUCUUUGGGCAACAAUUCCAUACUCACCUUUCACCAAGUGAUCUUAGCAAAUCCUAGACUUCUGCACCUCCUCUGGGCUCUGAUGUCAGACCAAUGACUGGAGCUGUUAGCCAGUUAGAAGGCUUUCUACCAAUCAGAUUAGAUGCAACCAUGUCCAGAUUUCUGCAGCUUUUGCUUCCAACAUAACCGUUAUCGUAUCAAAGUGGAUGUCACCUUCCCAAGAGAUCAGCGUUUCAUUUUCCUAAUUACCUCUUCAGCCAGUCAGAAUUACAAACACUUGAAUGUAAACGCCUUUAAUUACCCACAAUCCCCCAUUCUCGGUCGAAGAUUGAAGGUCAAAGCUUGCAACCUGGAGCCUGAGGCCUGCAGCCGCCUCUGAAUGAAACCUACCGCUAGCAGUCAUUCUAAUUCUGCGAGUCUCUGUACGAUUUAUCCACUAUUUGUAUCCUCCAGACUUACUCGGUGGUUGUUUGCACCACUUCUCUCUGCACAAAGAGAGGUCUACAUGAGCUAACGCUGGCGAGUCGGCGCCGAGGUUUGACCUACAGAUGAUCGCGCAUGUUUGAAGUGUUGUUCAAAAGGUCCUCUCUGCCUUUCCGAGAUUUUCUUUUGUUCUCUCUUUAAUACUGAAGUGAAACAGUGAAGGGGAGGAAAGAAAGGAAGAACAAGCAAAGAGCAAUCCAAUCAAAACGGCAUGCGACUCCUGCAGGCAUUUCAUCUUUAUCAGCUCGCAAAGCACCACAAUUAGAGCGAAAACAAGAAACAAAGGAGAAGAGAGGACUCUCUGAACGGCUUGUGUUUGAUCCGUCCAGUAAAGAGCUACAGCCGGGCAGCCGACUCAGUCUGUCGCAAUGUAAUAACUGUGUUUCCCGUGUUCCUGUGUGUUUAGAACCAGGCCAAGCUCAAAUUGCAGUCUGAGAUUGAUUCGGUCACUUUUCUUGGUUCUCGUUGAUUGUGUGGAUUGGAUCCGGACGCCCCUGCAGACGCUCCCGGUCCAGACGGAUGACGGCAAUCACUGUGAAAAAGCAACUGGAGAGAUUUCAGCUGAUAAUUCGAUCUGGGUCUGGUGUGUAUAGACGAAGCCGGAGCCGUUUGUUGACAGAGUUGCUUUGAAGACGUCUUUAGGAGGCCUCAUUUGGGAAUGUUUUUCCAAUUAAGGAGUGUUUUUUUUUUUUUUUUUUUUUGUUCUGUGCAUCUUGCGUUUACAGAUCAAUGUUGUUACUUGGUAAAGACCCUUUUCAGUUUUCAGGAAGUGGUUCAACAUUAUCAGUCAAUCAGUCAAUCAAUCAGAGUUUAGCUCUAUAGCACUUUUCAGACAAGCAGAAAACACCGAUAAAAUGCAAUAACUCAAAAAAAGCAACCCCUAAACUGUCCUAUAAAACAUGUGCAAUGAAACAAUAAAACACCAGAUGAGAUCCAAUAAGCUAGAUGAAUUAAUAAAUAAAAUAAUAUAUAUAUAUAUAUAUAUAUAUUAGAGAGAGAAAUACAAGUCUAAAACUGUUAAAAACAGAAUAAGAAAUUAUAAAAAUGAAGCAAUAAACUGCACGUUCAACAGACUAAAAUAUGUAAAUAGGCAAAUAAACAGAGAAGUCAAUAAAUAAAAUGAAUUCUAAGAAGGGUAAUAAAUAAGUAAAACCUGUGAAAUCAAUCAAAAGCAAUCAAAAGAUCUUGCAAAAGCAAACUAAUUAUGAGAAGCUUGUUUUCUUGCCAAGAGCUGCAUUAGAAGAUCUGUAAUGAAGUUAUAUCGAUCUGGUCUCAACAGCCAGUUAGCUUAGCAUAAACAGUGUUAGCAGAAACAACCAGGCUGCCCCCUACUGGCAGGUCUGAUUAACACAUUAUUGUAUCUGCACAAAAAUCCAGAGAUUCUGCAACAUGAAACGUGUGUUCGAAAUGGCAUACUAACGUACUACUCACACUAAGUGUGACGUCAAAGUAAGUAUGUAGUGCGUUCACAUUAGAUAGUAUGAAAAGACUGAGUACGCGAGAAAUACCCGGAUGUAUACUAUAUCCAGAAAAUUUUUAAGUAUGCGUGGUGACCACACUAGUCAUACUCAACCGCCCCAUAAUGCUUUGCGAGCUACCCACCGAAAUGGAAGCCUCCGCGGGAUAUGUGGCCGGACCGGGGCGAUUUUUAUUUUAUUUUAUGUGGUUAAGUAGUCAUGCUAAUCACCCCACAGAGAAAUAGGCGUUUUCUGACCAACGUUUUAAAUUUGUCAGACGCCUCACAACGUGCUACUGAAUGCUAGCAGCUAGUUGCAGCAGCUCGCUUUGCAUACAGAACAAGUAGCAGCUACCUCCAGUAGCCUGCAGCUACAACUGAAACGAUUCGCAUAAUCUGGCUAAUAACUGCAUGAGGAGUGCCGGCUUGAAAUUGCCACAUUAAUUAUGCGACUGUUUGUUAGCGUGAAAUCGACCUGAAGCCGGCGUUCAGCUGAGAGAUUUGAUAGCCGUUCUUCCGGUUUUUGUUGUCAGAGGUUUGAAAUGCAUUAUGGGAAACGUAGUAGUAUACUGUAGUGUGAACGGUUGGCAUUCUAAUCAUACUUAUAGUACGUAGUAUACAGUAUAUACUCAUUGAGAAUGUAGUAUGUAGCACGUUAGUAUGCCAUUUCGGACACAGCCUAUGUCUUGGCCCCAAGCAGCAACAUCAAGUGACUCAAUAAAAAUGUUGAAUUGGUUUUCAUGUGUCUCAGGUUGUCCAUCCAUCCAGUUCUGGUGAACAUGAUGUCUCUUGAACAGAUGGAUGGAAGUUCUAUAAGUUUAUCAGAAAUGCCUGCUUGGCGUCAAGGAUGAACUGAUUAGAUUUUACUAUGAAUAGACUCACUUAAUGUGCUCAUUAUGAUGAAAUGUCGCACAAAUAUCAUCCAUUAGCAUUAGUUUUAGCUGCUUUAUCUAAUAUCGAAUUUAAUCUGGUGCUAAAAUCACCAAAAAAACUGUAUCAGGUACAGGUAGAAAAUACAAUCUCUGUCAAGAAAAACCCAAACAACCAGAGGAGGGAAUUACAUUUUCUAUCGACAAGAUCAAAACAAAAAAAUGUCAAACCAGUACAGAUGUGGAUGUAAAACAACCAAAAGACGCUAAUUCUAUUUGUGAAUUAAACAAGUUUUAGAGGACCCAUCACUUCUCCAGUCACGAUGCUAAGCUAAGCUAACCAGUUACUCAUAUCGGCAUAAAGACGUGAGAGUUGUGUUGGUUAUUUUGUUGAGGCAAAAACACAAUGGAAACGUCAUGAGAAAACACUCGACCACAAAUGAAUUGCUUUAUGUGUGUCAAAUACUGUGACAGAACCUGAAGGUGGAUUUUUCCUCUAAAUUUCUGACAUCUGGAGCAGCACUUCCUCUGUGUUUCAGCUAAUUGUCUGAAUUCUAAAAGCUAAUACCUCAGAUAAACUAAUACAGACUUUCCGAGGUCACCGUCGUCCACACCUUUAAUCCUGCAGCUGCUUUACGUUUCCUCCAAACAUGCAACUCUGUCGGUAAACGGCUCUGAGCAGCAGCUUGUUCGAGAGUCCGACAAACCAGCUUCCCUUCCUGCGCCAAACUCUCACGGCGUUGGUCUGGUUUGUCUCGCUCUUGUCCAGCUCAGAGAACUUCUUCUGUGCUCAAUCUUCUUCUGUUAUGCAGUGGCUAAUUUUUUUUGUUUGUUUGUUUUUUUUAUAACAUUUUAAUUGUGAAUGUUUGUCUCUAAGGCAUCUCUCUGAGUUUAUACGACGUCACCAUCCACACAAUGUAUAUUUUCUUUGAUUUCUGUGUGAUGCUGCUAUUUAUUUAUUAAAAUAUUAUUCUCA